AUGUCCGCCGCCGUCCGUUCGCGCGCCGCCGCCACCGCGGCGAUCUCAGCAGCGCGCCGCAUCCACGCGGGACGCGCCGCCUUGGAGCAACAGAACCAGAGCCCCGGGUAUCGCCGCCCAUGGGCCUACUUCCGGCGCCGGCAGCAGCAGUCUUUGCCCCGCGUCGCCCCCGCUUUCCAGGACGACCGCGGGACCGGCGCCUCCGACGGCGGAGGGGACCCCCCGGAGAUCUGGCGCCAGCCUGGGGAGGCGCCUGGUGCACGCGCGGGAACCGUCGGGAGAAUCGAUGUGGUUAGGGUUGCGACUGGCGGCGGCGGUGGUGAUGAGAAGGAUGGGGAUGGCUCCAGUGGGGGCUGGGGCGGCUCCAACUUGGGGAACCAGUUCCCCACGCCCAAGGAGAUUUGCCGUGGGCUCGACAAGUUCGUCAUCGGUCAGGAGCGAGCCAAGAAGGUUCUGUCUGUAGCAGUUUAUAAUCACUAUAAAAGGGUAUCUUGUGAGUCAUUUUCCAGCCGGUCUGCUGGAGAUUCCAGCGAAAGUGAUACCGACAUGGUAGAGCUGGAGAAAAGCAACAUUCUUGUGAUGGGUCCGACAGGCUCGGGGAAAACAUUGCUGGCAAAAACACUUGCAAGAUUUGUCAAUGUGCCAUUUGUCAUAGCCGACGCAACAACCCUCACUCAGGCAGGAUAUGUCGGCGAGGAUGUUGAAUCUAUCCUGUAUAAACUCCUAGCGGCUGCCGAUUUUGACAUAGCUGCUGCUCAGCAAGGAAUCGUCUACAUCGACGAAGUUGAUAAAAUAACAAAGAAGGCUGAAAGCAUCAACCUUAGUAGAGAUGUUUCAGGUGAAGGUGUUCAACAGGCGCUGUUAAAAAUGCUCGAGGGAACGGUUGUGAGUGUUCCUGAGAAAGGGGCUAGAAGGCACCCAAGGGGUGAUAAUAUCCAGAUUGAUACGAAGAAUAUUCUCUUCAUUUGCGGUGGUGCUUUUGUGGACUUGGAGAAGACUAUUUCUGAAAGGAGGCACGAUUCGUCCAUUGGUUUCGGAGCACCAGUUCGUUCUAAUAUGCGGACUGGCAGUGUUAUAAAUGCUGAGAUCACAUCAACAUUGCUGGAAUCGGCUGAAAGUGGUGAUCUCAUUGCAUACGGGUUAAUCCCAGAGUUCGUUGGCAGAUUUCCAGUUCUUGUUAGUCUAUCUUCCCUCAGCGAAGAUCAACUUGUUGAGGUUCUUACAAAACCAAAGAAUGCCCUUGGCAGGCAGUACACAAAGUUAUUUGGAAUGAAUGAUGUGAAGUUGCAUUUUACCGAGAAAGCUUUACGGCUUAUUGCCAAAAGAGCAAUAUCAAAGAAUACUGGGGCUCGAGGUCUAAGGUCAAUUCUAGAGACUAUAUUGACUGAGGCGAUGUAUGAGAUUCCAGAAACACGGACUGGUAAAGACAAAAUAGAUGCUGUUGUUGUUGACGAAGAGUCGGUUGGAUCUGUGAAUCAGCAUGGAUUUGGAGCUAAAAUUCUUUCUGGUGAAGGAGCAUUGGACCUGUACCUGGACAAACAAAAUAAAGAAUCGGUGGUGCGGCAGUCAGAUGGAGAACCAGAGGUUGAUGCUGAGACCCCUUCGAGAGUGGCCAACAUGUAGGGUUCCCCACAAGACUAACUAUGUAUAUAACUUGUUAUCAGCCGCGCAACUGUAGCCAAUUCAAAUGUAAAUUCAUGCCCAUAAAAUUUGUCUAUGUACGAGCCCAGCCUGCCCAUGUUUGGCGGGUGUAAUCUUUCAUGGCAAAUUGGCUUUGGUUCUGCUGCA